AUGGCUUUACCCCUCCAACCUGCCCCAACAACCUGUGAACCCUCUCAGUUUCUACAGCUGCCUGCCGAACUUCGAAUUAAGAUAUACAUGUAUCUUAUUCCUGAUAGCAAUCUACACCAUCAACUUGGGGAGUCGCCCUGGCGGCAGGAUGGCGGCUCCUGCUCUCCAGCAAUACUACGCCUAAACCGAAAGAUACAUUAUGAAAUCUAUGGGUUAUGGUACGGAGUCGCAACGUUUUCCUUCAGACUCGAUUCAAAGUCCAUCUUCUUGAACGGUGGGUAUUUCAUGAGAGAUGGAUGCUGCGAACUUCCAGCAGCCCUAAAGUCGGUGAAAUCUUUGGCCGUAAUUACCUUGCCCGUUCGCCUACCCUCUGCGCAUACAGCCUCUAAUAAAAAAUGGGACUCGGAGUCUCCUAAAUUUAUUGUACAUCUGGCAAACUUUUUAGCCGACGGCAGUUGUCUGGAGCGCCUCUUAAUACAUCUCGAUAUGAGAACUCGAGUCUGGGCAAGCCUUACGCAAACUUUGGAAGAUGUUCACAUGUCUUUAGAGAAGACCUUAAGUCCAUUUCGAGUAAUUCGAGGAUUAACAGAGUUCACCACCACAUUUCCUAUGGAUGCCGCUGAUCAAGAGUGGAUCCCUACACCCCCAGAGAGGAGAGCAACUAUCGAACGUUGGACACGUUCCUAUUUGGAUAAAUUCGAAGCUAAUAUGCUUCACAAUUAG